AAAGUGGUUCCAUGCUGCUGUACAGUCGCAAGAAGGUCAGGUACCGGCGAGAUGGAUAUUGCUGGAAGAAGAGAAAAGACGGCAAGACCACAAGGGAAGACCACAUGAAACUGAAGGUCCAAGGGACUGAGUGCAUAUACGGUUGCUACGUACACUCUGCCAUCUUACCGACGUUCCACAGACGUUGCUACUGGUUGUUACAGAACCCUGACAUCGUGUUAGUCCACUACCUCAACGUGCCAUAUCCUGACGACAACAAGUUGGCUGCAGUCGCACCCAGUCUCGCACUCUGGGCUGACAAGAAAGAAUGGACCAAAGACGAGCUGGUCAGCCAAUUGAAACCUAUGUUCUUCAGCGAAGAUGAGCACGAUAUCAACAAUGAGCUGGAAAUAUCGGGCAAAAUGUUUCAGACGGCGGAAACAGUGGAAGCAAUCGUCGGGCAGUUGAUGGAGAAACAGCGAGCUGCAAGAGCUGCAGCCCUAGCGAGACAAUUGGAAUGCGGUUGUCCUGACUCCACUUGUCAGGAUUCUAGAACUUGCGCACAUCCUUUACGACGUAUACAGGCAGCCAAGCCGCCACCUUCAGACCAUCACGUUUCUUCAACAACGGGCCCGUCACCACGGCCCAUGUCGCAACCACCGCGCCAGUACACCAGAGAUCACAGACCAUCUGCCCAGCCAGCGUCGCCAUUGCUCGUCUCCCUUGGACAAAUUCAAGGUGGAGGUGGUCUUUUAAUUUUAAAUGGAACGAGUAACACCGCCCAGCAACAUUCGUCCUUAAUAUCUCCUUUGUCACUGACGUCAUUUGUCUGCGAAGAGCCUCGGGAUAGGUACCGACAACAAUACAAGCCUACAUUCGUAUUGAAAAGAGAGGUACCUGACAGUCAGCCGUCUUCGUGUUUGCACAAUACAGACUCGACGUUCGAAGUAGAAAGCCAAAUAGAGGAAAAAGUAGAAAUUAAUUCUUUUGAUAGGAAAAUUAAAAUGGAGCCAAGGAGUAGAAAUCAAAUGGUUGCAAGUGCGCCAGCUACGCCGUCUAGGUAUCCUGAUUUAGUUGAACGAUUAGAAAGUAAAGUUAUGACGGAAAACUGUGAUGAUACAUUAGUAUUACUUGGUACGGAUGGAAAUUUAGGUUCUAGUGGGUUCUUUGAUGAAACUUUGGAAUUAUCGCAUGAAGAUAUACAAAAGACUUUAUCAGCUAAUAUGCCUAGUUGUGAAUUAGAUAGAAGCGGUGUAAGGUCUUCCGAUACGGCUAACGUAAUGGUAUCGGGGAUAGAUACAAUGGACUUUAUAGAAAGUUGUGAAGCAGUAGCAUCACCUACACAAGUUGUGGACGAUAAUGUGUUUGUAAAUCUUGACGCUUUUGAUAUGCUAGGAGAUUUUCCUGAAUUAGAAGUGCUGGAUCCAAGUUCAAUCUCGACGCACACUAUGGUAUCCUGCGAAAAAUCGCCACCAGAAGAGAAAAUGCAAAUGGACUGUAGUGGCGCGGGUGCUCUCAGCAUUACGGAUUAUUCGCCAGAAUGGGCUUACCCUGAGGGCGGUGUAAAGGUCUUAGUCGCUGGACCUUGGACUGAGACCUCUGAUCAGUAUACAGUCCUCUUUGAUAAUUUUCCUGUACCUUCAAAGUUGGUGCAGAAUGGUCUACUUCGAUGCUAUUGUCCAGCGCACGAAGCCGGUCUAGCAGCGCUUCAGGUUGCUCGGGGAGGUCGUGUAGUAUCAGAUACUGUGGCAUUUGAGUAUAAAGCAGGCCCAGUCCCGGUGCCUUCAUCUCCGGCCUCUGCCCCAUUACCGUCGCUGGAUUUCAGAAGGUUCCUACUGCUGCAACGAUUUCAGCGGCUCAAUGGACGGUUACAAGUCAAAACUGAACCAGCAGAUGAUAAUAAUCAGAUCGAAGACGUCCAGAUUUACUCGAAUCCAAAAUUCGAAGAGCGUCUAGUUACAUUUUGUCGAACUUUAAGUUCAAGGACAGUUGGCCAAUCUGAAGGUUUCACAACAGAUUCGGGAGAAGAUGGCUCCACGAUACUGCAUCUUGCUGCAGCAUUAGGAUAUACAAAGCUAACGACAGUGCUUCUGAGAUGGCGACAGGAUGAUAGUAAUUUGGCCUUGGAGAAGGAAGUGAAUUUAGGUGCACGAGAUAGUGACAACUGUACGCCUCUGAUGGUAGCUAGCGCAGCUGGUCAUGUAGAGACAGCAGUGGUGCUGGCGCGAUGGAGUGCAGGCACUCGCAGUGAAGCUGGCGCAAGACAAGCAGCCGCAGUGGCACGAAGAUCUGGACACAUGAGACUUGCUGCGUUACUGGAUCGGAUACACCCGCCGCAGAAAGAUGGAGUGUUCCUAAAACCUCACAGUUUGUCACAAAAAAGUCGUGCUGGUAGUUUAGAGAGCAAUCUUGUUAAGCGACCCUCAAUAGACAGCGGCAUCAAUAUGGCAGACGCUUUCAGAUCCAGUUCUGCUAUUGAUAAAGCUGAUAAUGGUUCUGCACGAUGGGAAAGGAGCAUGUCACUACCUCUUGAUUCGGACACCUCAGAAGAUAGUAUUGGAGAUUCAAAAAUCGGAAGACGCAUGGAUCUAGCUCUUUGCGAGACGGCGUGGCGGCGCGCCGCCAGCCCGCUCAUAGACGUGGAGUCGCUGUCCGACCGCUCCGCCUCGCCGCCGCCGCGCGCCGCGCCAGGGGAGCAGGAUGACCGCGUAUUCACGUUGGCUGAGGAGAUUAUUGCAGCUAUGCCUGAUAGAAUAAAGAACGAGAGUUCAUCACUGCUUUCGGGGUGCGGAUUAGAAGCUGGCACCGGAGGUGGUGAAGACACACUCAUGGGCCCACUUUUAGAUGACUCUACUACCUUCAACACUGAAUUCAGUUUCGAGUUCUGCGAUAACACAUACAGGUAUUGUGGCGGGUCUACCCCGUGUUCAUCAGGAUCGGUAUCACCAGGCUCCGCGCUGUCACCACCGCCGCCGUCACCUCGACCGAACUCUGUGACUGCUUCUUCAGCAACGCUGCAGGAAUUCCUUAAUGCCACACAUUUUUCUAAUUUAACACUUAACGAUCGAGAACAGCGGGAGCUGUAUUCAGCAGCAAUAACGAUUCAGAAGGCGUACCGUCAAUAUAGAGGGCGCCAGUUGCAGCGACGCGCAGCGGCCGCCGCCAUCACCAUACAGAACUGCUACCGUCGAUAUAAACAGUUUGCAUAUUUGAAGCAUAUGCAUGCAGCGGCAACUGUAAUACAACGCGGAUACCGUCUAAUGCGAGCGCGGCGACAGGCUGCAAACAACACGCCUAUCAAAAGGACAUAUUCCCAGCGGCGUCAAAAUCAGGCAGCAAGAAAAAUUCAGCAAUUUAUGAGGCAGUCAAAAAUAAACACAUGGGAAGAGUUUUCCACAAACGUUGCAGAACGCACGAGUCGAAAGCGUGAGGGAGGCCCUGCGCUCGCCGGAUGCCCACCAAAGCUCGUCGCAGCGCAUCAUCAGUACACCGCCCACUCCCAAUAGGAUCGUGGACUACUUAGCACCUGAAUCACCAAUGAACGCUGAUGAAGACCUGUUACUUGAGCUUCUGUUUAAAAUGUGACCCGGCGCCUUCAAUCGUUAGGAUUAUAUAAAAAUCUCUCAUUUUGUUUCUAUUCAAAUUCUCCUGUGUGUUGAAAUUUAGAAAAACUAUAGUCGAUUCGUUUAAAUUACUUUGUAUUUUGGCUUUACAACAUAGACACUCUUUUGACAAAGCCUUCGUGAUAUUUACUGCCUUCACUUGUCUAAUACUUAAUUGAUCUUAACACUCUACCUUUGUGAAAUUUAUUAUAUAUAUAUAUAUAUAUAUAUAUAUAUAUAUAUAUACAUAUAUAAGAACAUAUUGUACCACAUAAUAUAAUAGUCUUCUUGACUAAUUUUGGAAAUAUAAAAUCUCGUAUUUGCGUACUGAAAAAACUUACAGAUACGAGGGAGGAUAUUUGUAUUAUUACAAUUUAGUUAAUUUUUUUCUUGUAAGUUUACAAUUGGUAACAUAUUUAUUAAAUCGGCAACUUUCACUCAAGGUAGCGUUUUAAGUGAAUAAAAUACAUCAAUUAUAAAAAGGACAGUAUCCAAGGAACUGUAUCGAAUUAUCUUUGUUCUGGUAACAAGUAGCAUUGUUCCAAGAACAAUAUAGGAUCUGUAUAAUUGGUGUAUUUUUAUUCGACUUCUUCAUAACAAUUAUACAAAACAGGUUUCUUCUUAAAGUUGUGAAAUAACUCGGGCCUUGUCUAUUAAAAUUUUAGCCAUUCAAUUUACAAUUAUAUCUAUUAGGUAUUAUAAUGAUAGUAUCGACUUUCAUAAUAGGAGACAAGCUAUCACUUUUUUCCUUUAGUGUUGUAUUGUUUCGUGUAGACGUUUCCAAUCUCCUUAGAAAUGACUUGUUCAGAGUUUAGAUUCAAAAUUUUUUUUUCCUUUAUUUCGAACUCUUCAGGUCAUAGACAGGGUUAUAUUUAGUAUAAAUUUUAUCGUAUUUGUAUUAUAUUUUCAUAAUGUAUUUUUGAGACGUUUGUUUAGGACAUUUAUUGGAUUUAUAUUUUUGAAAACUCUAAAUUGGAUGUAAAAGUAAUUUAUCUAGAAGCAUCAGUGUAUUGGCUUAUUUGUUCUCAACGUGAACACGUAUUGAAACGGUUUCUCUUGAAUAUUAUUGUAUUGUCUUAUUUAAUAUUUGGCUGUAAUAUAUAUUUUCUAUUUCAAAAUGUAAAGAUAAUUACGAGUAGAUACCUAAACUGUACGUUUGGGGGUUGCGUUCGUUGAUUUGUUUUGGACAUUAGAAACUCAAGUUAAAACUUGAAUUCUAGAUUCUAUUGAUAAUUUCCGAAUGGAGUUAAAAAAUAUGUAGGUUAAGUACAAAUUCAAAUUAUUAAAUAAAAUAAAAAAAAAGCCACUGUUCUUUAUAAAGUAGUUGCACCUAGCGUAAAAUACAAUAAACCCGACGAGCUGUGAGUAUUUUGAGAUUUUAUCGUAUUUAAGGAGAAAUAAAGUAAUUAUGCCGUUACUGUUCUUAUAGGUUUCGUUUCAGCCUAAUAGGUUAAUUCUUUUUUAGUCUACGCAGUGAAAUAAAGCCUUAGAUAUCAUCGAACAUCUAAUCUAUCUUAAAUUUCCCGUAGCUAAUAUCUAAAUCUUAUGAAUGCUUACCUUUAGCCGUUCAUAUUUGUUGUGUAUAUUUCGUCUACGGUUUUAAGUACAUUGUGACGAGUUUAGUUAUUUUUAUACGUAGCCCAUAUAUAGUUUAAUAUCCCGUUGAAUUCAUUUUCUGCGCCCCUAGUUCCUACUAAGCAACUAUCGACAUCCUUAAUAUUAACUAUUAAUUAGUUUUCUAGAUAAUAAUUUUCGUUUUAGAUCUUCGAUAAAGCUAAAUGCCAUACCUACUUACCUAGCGUUCAUGAAAAAAAAGGUUGUGCACCAUUUAAAUAUAGAAAUAACUACCUAAAUAUUCCCUUUUUCUGGAUUCUUUGAUAUUUUAACGUAGCCAUAUAGUUUAUAGUUUAAGAUUAGAUUAAUCAUAGCUUAACCAUAAGACGACGAACAGCCGUCGAGAUAUUUUCGAUUCGUAUUUUUAUAAGGCAAAAGUUACGAACGACUACGAUUGCUUUGCUUGUGCAGGGCCAGAUCAGAUCAAUUCGGUUUUUGUUGUCUAUAAAAUUAUUGACUUCAUAUAUUAAAUCUUUUCAUUAACGAUAAUUCUUUUAUAAUUAUUUAAUUUAAUAUUCAGUUAUAAGUUUUACGUUAAGUUUAUAAACAUUCCGAUUGUUUGUUAAUUAAAUUUCGAGAGGCCCAGUAUUGAAAUUAGUAGGUAACAUCUGGUUUACUCCAAACAGUAUUAAAAUGAAAUCCAGAAUUUUAUUGUAUCUAUACACCGUGUGUUCAUAACGAUUAUACAAGGAUUUGAUAUAUUGCAUUGUACUGAAUGUAAUGAGGAUAUGAAAUUAAUUUACAAUUUAUAUAUAGUAUUGGAUGGAGCAAACCGGAUACGAGUAUUAUAAAAAUGAGUGACACGCGACGUAGAUUGAGAAAACCGUCCAUUCGUGGCGGCUUUUGCACCCUCUGGUGGCAGUACGGCAAAAGUCGCAUAACGGCAACAAGCGAAAAUAACAUUUGUUAAAGUGAUUAUAGUAACGCGAUUCGCUUGCAUGGUCAAUGGGCACCCGAGGGCGCGAAUACAACAUGUAUAUUUCAUAUUUUUGGAUCGCUAAUUUUAAGAUGUUAUAUUUAUAUAUGUAUAUGUAGUGAGGGCGGAUACAAUACCAGUAUUUCGAGAAUGUAUUACGCCAAACGUUUUGAUGUAUUAAUUUUCCAUAAAAGUUAUUCUCUCAUUGUUUCUUUUUGAACUGAUAAAUAGUUCGUUUAGCUAGUGGUCAUACGUAUAUAUUUUUUGAUAGCGUGCACGAUUGCUUCAAGAGCGCCAACAAAACGAGGAGAAAAUGUAAUAAAAAAAAAAUAAUAAUAAUAAAAAAAAAUAUUUUUAACUGUAAAGCGAAACCUCCGAAAGCAAUAAUAUUUUUGUGGUGAAGUUACUCCGAUUUGUAAAGAGUGUAUUUUAUUAUCCACGCGGUCGUCACAAAACAGUUAGAGAACGCUUCAUAGUAAGGCCGUUGUCUGUGCUGCUUUUGGUGCGUGUUAAACAUAUUAAAGAAAAAAAAAUUUGAAAAAAAAGAAAAAAAUAUUCAUACUAAUUUUCGUAUUCAUGAAGAACUCUGACGCUUGGUAGUUACAACUCCUAUGAAGAUUAAUAUAAUAAUACGUAUAAAUUAAUUUACUCCCCAUUAAAAAGGACUGAUAAUAACUUAUGGCUAGGCUGUAUGGGCCAUGCUCUUUGCUUGUCCAUAUCUUUCGUUUCUAUUUCAAUCAGCCUGCAGAAUGAUUGUAAUUUUUGACAAUUUCAUUUUUAAAAUAGGCCCAAAGUGUUAGAAUCUACUGCCAUGAAAAAUAAUAAAAAAAAAAACAUUAAAUUGAGUAUCGAAUGCAGCACGGCAAAUGGCGAGCGUUAGUAUUUGACCACAGCUAAAAAUAAUAGAGCACUAGAAGUAGAUAUAGUUAGAUGAAUUACUACUUAUAUAUGAAAUAAUAAAUCUUGAAAUCUAUACAUAGAAUUAAAAAUUAAAAGUUUAACUAAUACUUUUUAUUAUUAUUACAAUAAGAGGCUUGUUCACACAUUUUAACUUCGUAUCUAGUAGGUAGGUACUUUUAAGAUUGAAAUGAUAUAUAGGGUAAAGGUUUGCCGAACGGGUUCGCGGAGGAUAAUGAACGAUUAUUAUUUGUUUGGGUGGGCUGUGUUACUGAUUACGCCAAAGGCAUUAUUAAUUUCAAUUGUUGUGAUAUAUAUGUGUAGCAAAAUAAUUGAUUUGAAGCAUCUAUAUAUAUAUAUAUAUAUAUAUAUAUAUAUAUAUAUAUAUAUAUAUAUAUAUAUAUAUAUAUAUAUAUAUAACGGAUAGUUACCUAAAGACUAUUAGUCAAAUAACAAUUUGUUUCAACAGCGUAUCGGUGAUUUGUUAAUUCGCUGUAGCUUGCUUGUUAUACUUUUAUAAUGAAGAUGUUUAUUUCAUUAAAAAAAAAAAAUGAGCCUGCCUAAAAUAUAUUGCAUAUCACUUAGUGUAUGACUUAUGGAGGGGUUAUUGACACGCUGUUUCUUUAUUGGUUUUUUUUUUUUUUAUAUAAAAUGCUAGAUUUCUAGUAAUUAAUAUCUCUAGUGGCUGAAUUGUAGGGUUGUAACAUUGUCUUGUGUUAGAUUAUUGUCAAAACAAAAGAACGUUUGUUUCUUACUUUGAGAUUAAGUUUUCAUAGUGAAAUUUAGUGAUGUUUCGUAGUUAUGUUUUAAUAAAAUCCUUUACUAAUAUUUACUUAAUUUUAAUUGCAGUGAUUUAUUUUAAAUACACAAUUGGCACUUAACGUGAUGUAAAAACUUUUGGAGGCAAAUAGUACGUUCGUAACUGCUGUGGUCACGUGACCACGACGUGGUGCAACCAACGUCGAAACGUCGUCGAUAAAGAAGCAGGUACGUAGGUACUAUUUACAUGUAAAAUCUUUUACAUUAGCGUUAAAUCCCGAUUGUGUAUUUAAAAUAUGUGUAAACAAUGCGAAAUUUAAAAAUUAAUUACAGUAAUUUAUUUUAAAGUGUAGUGCAUUAUACUUUUAAAUUAUUACAUAGUUUAAAAGUCGUUACAACCCAAACUAUAGUGAAAUUAGGACUUAUCGCUUGAAACAUUUUUUGUAAUAUAGCGUUACACGUAAUGACGAAGUUAUGUUUUAUUGUAACGUAAUAUUUGUUUGUAAUGCAAAUAUAGGCGUUAUUAUUGAUAACUUUUCAUAAAUAGCAAAUGUAUGAAAACGUUACGUACUGCCAGUUUCAAGGUUUCUAAAACACCAAUUAAGGAAGGAUGGUUGAUUGUUAGGAUUGUGAAUUGUCCAAAUUAUUGUUUUGAAAGAGUUUUUUAUUGACGUUUUUUAAUAUAUUUUACUUUAGUUCUAAUGUCAAUGAUAAUAAGAGUUUUGUAAACGAAACCAACCAAGUUGGCGGGUAAUUAUGACAGUAAACAAGUGUUUGACAAGUUUUAAAGUUAUGUCAAAGUGUCGAAAUAAUAUUAAUGCAACAAAACUUAUUUAAAAUUUAUUUAAUACUUUAAUAAUACUAUUAUUUUGUUAAAUGAAAAUAAUAAAUUAAUAUGAUUUUAGACUAUUGUUGUGUAACAAAAACAUUUGACAAAUUUUUUGUAUUAUUUGACAUAUAAUAAUUUAUUGAAAUUAAUUCAUAAAAUAAAUUGAUUUAUUGUAUUAAAAUGAAAUAAAAGUAUUAUAAUUGUACUUAUUAAUUUUAAAUUUUACAUACCUAAAUAUAAAAAAAAAUAUUGUUAUUAAUCAACAAAUAAGAAUUCUUUUAACUUUAAAAAAAUGUAUAAGCAAUUUAGUAUUAAAUUAUAAAUAUUUAUUUAAUAAAAUUAAACCAUAAAAUAAGUAAUUUUAUGAAUUAUUUUGUGUAUUUAUAAUAAGUUUGUAAUUUACAAUUAAAACAUUAAAUUUUAUUUAUUAUUUUUUAUUUGUUGAUUGAUACAAUAUAAAAUUUCACACAGACAAGCGACAAAUUGUGAUUUAAUGUUACUAUUAUAAAAAAAAAAAAAUUACAUUCCUGUGUUGCAUUCACGUUUGCAUGUAUUUGUGAAACAUCUGAUUGUGAGUUGUUGGGACAUAUGAGUGCGUCAGAUAUUGAUUCUAUCGAUAAAAGUGUACUUUGAACAAAAAUAAUCUUCCUUUGUAAUUAUUAUAAUCUAUAAACACUACAAAAUUGUGAUUCAAAGCAAUUUAAAAUAUUACUGCUGAUUAUAA